AUGGUUCACAAGAAAUCAACAACCACACUUCACGAUGAGGAGGAUCCACGGAUUGCAAGUUCGAAUAGCCAUGAUCAAUCAUCACCUUCAUACAAAAACCAACUACAAAAAAUACUAGAUGAUUAUUCUUCUUCUUCUUGUUCCGAACAAGAUCAUCGAUUGACCGAGCAUGAACGAAUUUCCAAUGAUUUGGAUGUUAUUUUCGGAUCUUCGUCCUCUGAAAAUACCAAAUCCUAUUCGAUAUUGAAAUCAACAACGACGAAUGGAAAUCGAUAUAAAUCAAAGAAAAUUCGGAGAAGUGGCACUCAACAUUCCGACAAUAAUUUUAUCAUUUCAUCUGGUUUUGGAAAAUUCUCUUUCAAAUUUCGAGUGAUGGUUGUAUGUGUGAUAUUUUCAACAUUGUUUGGAGCUUAUUUUCUGAGUGGUUUCUGGAGUCCUCAUGCUUCAAAGAGUGCUACAUCUUCAUCGGAAUCUGUUUUUGUUGGAGAGAAAGUUGGAAAUACAUUUGGAAGACAUUUAAAAUUAAUAUUGGAACAGUAUAAAUCAGGAGGUGGAAUAAUAAUAAUUGGUGACGACCAUGACUCGAAUUUAAUUCUCUCCAUGCAGCAGAAUUCUAUUUCUGCAUCGAAACAAGCGCAGCAUGCCUUGCUUUACAGUAGAGUACGACAAAUUCAUCAUCAUGAAAAGUCACAACAUGAAGACAUGUCAAAAACGUCAUUAAUAUUGGAAAAUGUUUGCAUGAAUCAUAGAGGAGAAUUUCUCUUCUUUGUACCGUCUCAAGAAUUUUAUGAACAAUUUUACAAACCGUUAAUUGGAUUGAGCUCCAAUGGUCCAUUCGCAUAUUUUCAAACCACACGCUUUGGCAAGAGAGGUGCAGCUCGUAUGAAAUUCAUAAUUGGUCACAAAAUUCCGAAAUCCUCUCAAAACAACAAUAUUCGAUGGAUUGACCGGCCAACAAUAGCAAUGAUGAGAUUCGCUGCCAACCAUAUUGGCCACUUGUUUGCCGAUAAUUUAGUAGCAUUAGUGGAUUUGGCAAUGAAAUUUGAAAUUAACUUGCAUGAAUCUUUGAUUUUGUUUUUGGAUGAAAUAUUUUAUAGAACUACCAAUGGAGACAAUUCAUGUUCAUCAGACACUUCUCGACAGGUACAUCUUCCUAUUGUGAAUCCCUCAACAAAGAAGCAUUUAUGGUGCGAGGAAGAAUUGGCGUCACAAUUUGAAAAGAAACCUCAAGCUGUGAAAACUUCUCUCGUGUGGACACAAAUGCUCUCGUCCUUGCCCAUUCUCCAAAAAUGUUCAUAUGUUGUGUCGACGAGUGAAACAUCCCACUCUGUAGCUAAUAGAGAGGAGAUGUCACAAACCGAUGCUGCCUCUCUAUAUUAUCGAAUUGAAAAAGCUCCAUGUCCAAUAGAUGAUUCCUUUUCUCGAGAGUUGACAAACAAGCAACGGAGUACCAUUCUUUCUAUUCAAGAUAUUGAGACUCAAUCGAACGAUAGAAAUCAACAACCAUUCAAGGACAAGUUAGAAAAUUCCCGAGAACAAAUAGAUACAUGCUUUAGACAUUUGAUCAUUGGUGUUGGAGAUCGAUCGAUAAUGUCACAACAGCCUCACAGAAAGCAUUCUCAGUUACAAUUCAGUGAAUUGCCAAUUCAACAACUUCGAAAAACAAUUCUUUCAAAUUUGGGAAUUCAUUCUUCAUCAUCUAUGGACUCUCCUCUUGUCAAUAUUUUAAUUGAUUAUCAGAGUAUUGACAAUCCACAUGAAAUUGCAACAAGCCUUGAAACUCAUCUCAAAGAAGAUGCUCUUCUAUUGAACCACUUAAAAAACAUUAACAUUUACAAGGACAUGAAAUUGGAAAACUUGAAUGAAAUGGCACUCGUCGAACUCUUCUCACAAACACACAUUUUCCUUUCCAAUGCCACAAGUAGUUACGCUUACUUAUCUUUAUUCAUGCCAACAUCCUCUCACCUUUUAUUGUCACCCAAUUGUGACAGUGUCGUGGAGGUCUCUAAAAAUCCUCAACCUUAUAAGUGUUCUUUGGUGGGUGUUCCUUCCCUUCAUUUUCUGAAUGCCAUGUCCCAUCUCACACUCAUUCACUUGUCCGAUUGUGUCUCUAAAAUUUCACAACAGGUUCGUGUCGAAUUGAAUGCAGAAAAAGCCAGUCAAAUUAUAUCCAUGAUUUUGAAACUGAGAAUUAUUGUCUAA